CGCGCGGUUCAACGGUCGCCAUGCAGCCGCCGCACCGAGAGUCCGUGCUCGUCACCUCCUGCGUCAGGACACCCGUCAACCCGCACACCGAGGCGCCGCGCACCCUGUCCGAGCGGCAGGAGGCCCUCCGCACCAACCUCCGCCAGCAGCGCAGCCGCUCGAGCGGCGCGUCCACCGGCGACGACGAGAAGGGGAAUGAAAAUGAUUCUGGUUCUGCGAUUGAUGAGAAAGAGGAGUCCAGACAAGCUAACGACGGGCAAGACAGUGACAGAUUAAGCACAAGCCAAUUGCGUGGCUUGUCUGAUGAGGAAUACUAUAAGAAAUUGGAGGAACUGAAGAAUGCACAUAUUCAUGCAAUGACACAACUAGAAAAACUCUAUCAGAGUAAACUUUGUAUCAGGGAUCUAGUAUCAGAGGAUCUAAGCAAAACAUCAGGAGUAUAUUACAGUACCACCAGUGAAAGGAGUCCAAAUGAGAAAACAUAUGAGCAUUAUUCCACAACUGAGCUGGACAGUAGUGUGUACUCAAGUCUGUCGGGAAUGUCCAGUGGUGGUGGUGGUGAUGAUGAUGAAGAAAUAUCUAGGCAAACUCUCUUGUCUUCUGGAAGAGAUCGAAUUCAGGGAAUGUGGGACGGGUUUUCUGUGGAAGACUAUGCCCCACAUGAAACCCCACCGGAGUCUGGAAGCAUAUGUGUAAUCAAAAUUAAAAAGGUUAAAACACCAAAGCAUUGGUCACCAAAGAUUACUGUGCCAAAUCCUUUCCAGAUGACAAUCAGGGAGGCUGAGAAAAAGAAGAACAAGAUUAAGUCUCGGUCUGAAAUUGAAAUGGAGAAUUUUAAACUGCAAAAGGAACUUGAAGAAGCAGCAGAAUGCCAGAAAAAAUUCCGUGCUAACCCUGUCCCGGCCCAUACUUACAUCCCAUUUUAUGAAGAAAUUAUGCAGAGGAAUGAAGAAAGGCGAAUGUUUGCAAAGAUGAAGAACAACGAAAUUGUUAUGGCAAUGCAAAAACCAUUUAAGUUUAUUGAAAGAGAGGAGAGGAAGAAGCAACUUAGAAACAUACAAAUGCCAGACUUUGGUAUCCCAAUCAAGAAAAAUACUACAUUUAAAGCAAAGCCGGUCCCCAAAUAUAUUUUUGAUUCAAAGUUCAAAGACAGAAUCCAAGAGGAAGAACUUUAUAGGGCAAUUAAGAUACAAAUGAGAGCCCAAGAGUUAUUAAAGAGUGCAUCUCUUCCAAAAAAUAUGCUUAUUCAUAAUGCUUGGUCGGAAAAGAGGAAGGCAAAGUGUUAUGGUGCAAAUAAGAAGCCAAAGUUUAGGCCCCGGAUAAACACAGAAGUGCCAGAUUUUGAGAUGCUGCAUAGAAAAUCUCAGAGUUGUCUGAUGAGAAAGAAGAGCAUAAAACAAACAACUGUGUGUGAACCCUUCCGCCUGCACACUUCUCUUAUUGCUUCCAAAAAGGACAAGAUUCUGCAGGAUAUACAAGCAGAUGAAUAUCGGUUGAAAGAGACUCGCUGGCCAUACAAGUCCUCCAGAAACCUCAGUAAACCAUGCUAUGACUCAAAUUCACCACAAACAGAAUCUUCUGAGUCAGAAACUAUAAAGAUUACAGACGCUGCAAAGAAGAGAAAAGAUGCUAUCAGGAAGGCUCUAGAAGAAAAGAGGAAGAAAGAAGAAGUAGAAGAAAACCAUAAAUAUGAGAAAAAACUGAGGGAACAGAAAUUUAAAAAAUUUAUAUCUACCCGUGCACAGGCAAAUGAUCCUCACCAGAGUUUGGCGGAAGUAUCUGAAUCAAAACUAAAGCAAUACAGAAAUGAUCAGAGACAAAGAACACAAGAAUACUACCAGGAGCUUGAGCAAAUUCGAGAGAGAGUAAGUAAGAGGCCUCUGCUUUUAGAAGAACUCACACAGAGGAAUGCGAGGAGAGCAGCAGAGAGACAUUAUGCAGCAGCUCUAAAAGAUCGAGGACUGAGUGAAGAUUUUGUUACCAGAAAAGGCCGCACUGUAGAUUUUACUAUACACUCCAGUGCUGAAACAUCUGAGAAGAUUGAUGAAGACAACAAUAUAAAGGAAGAAAGUUCUGAAGACAAAUCUGAUGGAGAUGGAUGUGAAAGCUAUGAAUACCAAGAUGAUUAUGAGGAGACAGAGGAUGAAUUGCAGGAUGCGCAAGAAGAGGAAGAUUUUGAAAAUUAAACAAAAGAACAUGAGAGUGACUGACAAAACAUUGACGGAAGGCGGAAGAAUCUGCUGCAGAAGAUUAAACGAACAAAAAAACAAGACUUCCAACAUUACCAACUAUGGUUGUCCACGCAACCAUCAGUAUUUAUCAAAUCCACAGUCGAGCCUGCUGUUUCUGAAUGUUUGCCAGCAGAAGUACUUAAGGAAAGGUUUGUAGUAGCACAACCUCCAAAGAAACAAUGUCUGCAAUCUGGAAAAUUG